CGGCAGCUCGCUCGCACGUCACCUGUGGCGCGAAGGCAUCAAAACUCCACGAAUCGUGGACCGUAGAGCACUCCAGGACGAAGGGCAGCCUCCAAGGCGACACAAAAGCAAGAGGCUGCACAAGCAAACAUGCCUGAGGCAUUAGUGCUCGGCGUCGGCGCGGUAGCCACCCUCACGUCCGCCGCCAUCCUCCUGGGCACCUUCGCCUACGUGGCUUUGUACGCCCUCCUCUACCGCAUAACUCCCGUCGUCCUGCUCUGGACGGGCUAUCACCUGCUGACGGACCCGGUCGAUUUCUGCGCGGCGCGCGGGCCGUGGUGCGACCUCGCCGGCGGCGCACCGGCUUACGACGCCGUCGGCGCGCUCCUCGUCGUCACCGCCGUCGGCGCCCUCGCGACGGCGCGGACGCGGUGUUGGAUGACGAUGGCCCUCUACGCCGCGGCCUGGGCGGCCGCGCUGGGGGCCCUCUCGACGAACGCGCCCGCGGCCGUCGCGCCGCACGUCACUCAGGCCGCGCGGGCCGCGGCCGCGCUGGCCCUCUGCCACGCGUCCGCGCCGGUCCUGUCGAAGAAAAUCAUCGGCGGGAGGAAGCCGCAGUACCUCGGCUACAUCUGA